AUGCGCAAGUCUUCGAUCCAGUGCUGGACAUUCGAGCAGAUUAGCAGUAGGUCCGUUCCGACUUCGGGAGAUGAUCCGUUAGCCACAGAGCGUGCCCAUGAAUUAUGCCAAAUAUGUCAUUUAACACCUCGCCAAUUGUUUGUUGUACCUAUGUUGGGUGAUCUUACGGGUUAUGUAUCGAAAUUGGAGUCCGCAUUCCAUGAAUUAGCGCAAGGAUUCUAUCAGCAGAAAUUGAAGACGAUCCGUGCUCGUUCCAUCCCCAACAAUUCUCCGGCCUUGGUCGUUCGUCAGUUGUUCAAGUUGGCCUUUAUUUCCGAACUGAGACAGGACACUCACACGGCCUAUAGGAAUUAUCGUCUUGCCUAUGAACACUGCAAGGAUCAUAUGGAAGGCUGGGAUGUCACAGACAUUUUUGAAUGGCGUAGCGUUGUUGGCUUACUUAAUUACACAAAAUUUGUGAAUUGUGUUUCCUGCAUAAUAUGGCCGUAG